ACCAUAAAUAUGCUUCAAGACCUUCAUAUUUUCUCAACUCAAACCUCUCAUCUGCACCUUCUCUCUCUUUCUCUCUCUCUCUCUCUCUCUGAGGAACUUUCUCGCUUUCUUUUGAAGCUUUGAUUUUAGUGAUAAAAUGGAAUUCCAAAACCAAUAUCAGAAGGCUGAUCAGAUGAAAUAUGAGUGCCUUCUCUUUGACGUUGAUGAUACCCUUUAUCCCUUGAGUUCUGGAUUGUCUGAUCAAUGCACCAAGAAUAUUGAAGAAUUCAUGGUUCAAAAAUUAGGCAUCGAGGAAAAAAGAGUCGCUGAGUUGAAUCAAGUACUGUACAAGAAUUAUGGAACAUCAAUAGCUGGUCUCAAGGCCAUUGGUUAUAAUUUUGAUAACGAGGACUAUCAUAGUUUUGUUCAUGGAAGAUUGCCCUAUGAGAAUCUAAGACCUGACCCUGUGCUAAGGGCUCUAUUGCUGAGCCUGCCAUAUAGGAAACUUAUUUUCUCUAAUGCGGAUAACGUCCACGUGGCAAAAACCCUAAGCAAGCUUGGAUUGGAUGACUGCUUUGAAGGAGUUAUUAGCUUUGAGACUCUGAAUCCCACUAAAGAUGAUGAAGGAUGCAGCACAAGUGUUUUUUAUCGUUCUUGUUUAUUUGAUGCUGGAAUAUCAGAGCUUCCGGCGACUUCAAUUGUUUGCAAACCAUUUGCAAAUGCAUAUGAACAAGCCUUUAAAAACGCCAACAUUAACCCUCAAAGAACUAUAUUCUUUGAUGAUAGCCUAAGGAACAUACAAACUGGAAAGAACAUGGGUCUCCAUACUGUAUUGGUGGGCAACUCCAACAGAACAAAGGGUGUGGAUUAUGCAAUAGAGAGCAUCCACAAUAUCAGAGAAGCACUUCCAGAACUUUGGGAAAUCGACAAUAAAAAUACAGACACGGCUAGAACUUUGUCAGGGGAGCUGGCAAUGGAGAAAUCAGUGACUGCCAGGGCUUAGCUUUUUAGCUCAAUUUCAAAACUCCUUUGAGCAAAUGGAAAAGCAUGGAGGCUAGCACUUGACUGUAUACUUUUAGAAAUAUGUUUAUCCUAAUAAUUGUAUGAUCAAAUUAUCAAUGAUAAAAAGCAAGCUUCUUUCGUAAA